AUGACAUCAUUCCGCGGUCUUCUAAAGUACUUCACCGUUGCAGCGUGUGUGCUGUGUUCGGUUAAGACAGUUUCAGCAGCGUCGGACUCUGGUUUCAAGAACCGAACGACGGUUUUGCUAGCGGGUGACUCGAUCAUGGAGCAAGCUACCGAGCCAUCCGUGGACGGCUUCAUUUCUCUUCUGGCGGGCCGAUACUCGCGCUCCGCCGAUAUGAUCGUGCGUGCUCUCUCGGGAUACAACACGAGAUGGUACCUUAAGUACGCGAUGCCCGGCAUCGAAGAAGAGAUCACGAGGGGUGACUACAACCCAGCACUUAUCACACUCUGGCUGGGUGCAAACGACGCAGUUACAAGCAAAAAUCUCAUCAAAAUUGUGGAGAAAUUCCAGGCAGUGGCACCUGACUCAAAAAUGAUGAUGGUUACCCCAACUCACGUCGGUGACGCUGCCCGAAAGAAAUUUGCUGCGGAGCGAACCGACUCCAAGAAGGGGUUGUUGGACCGGUCCAACGCGAUGAUGAAGCCGUACGCUCGCGCCUGUGUGGAAGCUGCAAAAGAGGCUGGGGUCUCCGUUCUGGACCUGUACUCGCACUUCGAUGCAAUGACGGUGACUGCGAGAGACAAACUGUUGGUUGACGGAGUUCACUUCAAUGCUGCAGGCCACUUGGUUGUUGACGAGAAACUGCGCGCUACGAUUCUAAAGGAGUUUCCUGAAGUCAACGACCUCCUCGACACGUACCAAUUUCCGAUUGUGAGCCGGUGGAUGAAGGACGAUCCCACGCCUGAGCGUUAUGGCUGUGAGACGAUGGAUGCACCUCGUCGCCAAAACAAGUACACCGUCAAACAGAGGCUGGAAGCGCUCGAGCAGGGGGCACUGGAGGGAUGCAAGCCUACCUCUCGGGCGCUAAAUAUUUCAUUGAGUAGACCAAAAGAAUAG